AUGGCUUUAUUCAGAAAAACUCUUCUUUUCUGUCUUGUGAUGCUCCUGAUUUGCCUACUCUUGGUUAGAGGAACUGGUGGCCAGGACGCCACCACCGGCGGAGGCGGCGAUUCCACGGCCUCCCCAUUGAGUCAAGCAGACAAUAAAGAGGUGAACUGCAUUGAAGGUGGAAGGUGUACGGUUCAAGGUCAAGCAGAUGUCGGGUCAAGCGACGAGGAUGAAAACAACCAUGAUGAUGAUGAUGAUGAUAUGGAGCAGGGAACUGAUGAUUCUGAAGUCAUAGAUCCAGAAGUAAUUGUUGUGGGACACUGA